CGUAGGAGUCUCCUUUUCUCUCUGUCAGUAAGAGCCUUUUUCCUCUCUCCUAGGUAAGAGCCUUUCCUCCUCAAUAAACUCUGAUUUCUGAGGGUUCUCUCUUGGUCUAUUAUUCUUCUUCUUUUGGUUGUUGUUCUAUGGAUCAAGAAGUUGUCAAUAGCCUAGGAAACUUGAAACUCACUAGAGAAGAAGAGGAAGAUAUUGUUGUUGCAAAUAGUAGUAGUUCUGGAAAUUUAGAAGAAUGCUCUUUAAGUCUGUUUGGUCGUUUACUGUCAGAUCGUCAUCAAAAUCUUAGAGCUUUAAAGAAUACCCUUAGGGCAGCAUGGAAGAUGGGUUCUGACUUAAGAAUUGUGGAAGUUGGGAAUAGCAUUUUGCAAUUUAAGUUUGGGUCUAAAUGUCAGUUGGAGUGGGUUGAAAAGAGUGGUCCUUGGAACUUUGAAAAUAACCUUCUCCUUCUAUGCCGAUGGAGGAAGGGGCUGACUUCAAAGAAUAUUUGUUUUUCCCACUCUCCUUUUUGGGUUCAGAUUUGGGGUUUGCCUUUUGAGAACAUGGUUGAAGACUUUGGAAGAGAGAUUGGCAGCAAAAUCGGAAAGGUAUUGGAGGUCGACAAAAGAGCUUUACAAGCUGAUCAAGCUAAGUUCCUUAGAGUAAGAGUUGAAGUGCAGCUGGAUAAACCUCUCCGGAGGGGUGGGUUUGUUAAAAACGAUGAAAAUGAUAGGAUUUGGGUUGAUUUUAGAUAUGAAAGAUUACCCAUUUUCUGCUACAAAUGUGGAAUCCUUGGGCAUGAUGAUAAACAUUGCCUAGUUAAUCCCAUGGAGAAUCCAGCAGGAAACCAGUAUGGUGAGUGGCUGAAAGCGGGUGGAGCAUUAAAGGAUGGAGGUGGAAAUUUUAAACUGAAGCAGCAGGCCAACGCAGAGAUGAGGGGCGCUGACUCUAUGGGACUGAAUAGCAAUAUCAAAGAAAGAAAUGGAGGUAGCGGUCAUAGCUGUCCAGCUCUGGCAGUGGGCGGAGGAACUGAAGGGAGGAAGGGGACGGUGAGCUUGAUGGAUACUGACCGGAUGGAGUGUGUGAAGUCAAAUCCCAGGGAACACGGAGAGAAGGUCAGAACAGAGGAUGAUGUUGCUGAUGCCUUGAGAAGUGGAGAAGUGCAGAAGUCACGUGAAGUGCCCAGCGCAAAUCCAACUUGCUUGGUAAGUCAGCAGAUGGUUGAUGUUUGGGCUGGCCCGGAUAUUAGUGUGGAUGUUCAUUUAAGCCCACAAAGAAUAAAAGGGGCAGAUAGCUUUAAUGGGGAGAAGGAUUGUGGGCCGGUUAUGGAAGCUCUUAAUGCUACUCAUAAGAUAAGGCCUGUUUUAAAAGAAAAAAUUAUAAGCUUGGGUGGGGAAAAGAACUUUGGGCCGGACCUGAAAGUUAAUGAUGCAGCUCAAGAUAUGAGGCCUGGAGGAAAUGGAGAACUUAAUUGUCACGGGGAAGAGGCUGUUCCUCUUUGUCAGGAACGUGGGCUAGCUCAAACAAUUAGAAGGAAGUUCAAGAGAAUGGCAAGGGAUAAAGGGAAAGCCCAAGAGUCUGUGAAUGCUGAAAAAGCCCAAGAGGUGAGUAAUAAAAGAAAAGCCUUAACUGAUAUUUUAUUUGCUUCUGAGGAAACUGCACAGAAGCGUUUAUGCUUCGGUGAGAAGGGGGGAAAUGUUUAUGAAAAUUUUGAAACGGCGGUGACUGCUGAGCAGCACCGCCUAGAUAAAUGA